AUGCUAUGUUCCACACUGAUCCCGGACGCCUUCGAUGAAAAGCCCGUGUAUUUCUGGAGAUGUAAUCAGCGCCCGCUUCAAGUUAAAAGUUUGCUGGGAUACGUGCAGGAUUCAAUCGCAUCGAGAACGGCGGGAUUCGAGUGGAUGUCGUCUUCAAUCCGCAAGCAGCUCGUGGCCGCUACUCGAGGGGUCAACGUACAGGUCGGAGGUUUUGAUGGGUUUUGGACCAACGAGUACUUCUCCGAAAGCUCCGUGAAGAUAUCUUCGGUCGACUGUCCCGACGUUCAGUUGUACUUGGCGUUCACUUGUCCUCGCACUGUGGAGAUACCGGAGAAUGCCUCUUAUUUGGAAACUUUCAUGAUCAACUAUUUAUCGGAGCCUUCCGGGGAUCUGCACGCUGUGUUGAACAAUCCGGUUGAUCGACUCGAGCUUCUUUGGACUUCGGGAUUAUCGCCGUCUACAGUGAACGCGUUCUACAGUCAUGAGUACAACAUAGCACUGUUUCCUUUGGCCUACUUGCAAGGAGCAUUUUUUCCGAGGGAUGUGCCGGGUUAUUUGAAAUUCAGCAGCAUCGGAGAAACGCUUGCACAUGAAAUGCUUCACUGGUUAGACCCGAAAGGACAUGCGAUUGACGCAAAAGGGAACAAGUAUCAAUCAUGGCGGGAAUCUGAGACGACGAGAUACGACGCGUUCAGUACUUGCUUGUCAACGCACUACGUGGACACUUUCAAAAACGUCACUUUGAAGGGAACAUUUUAUCCGAACUAUGACCCAUGGUUCGCUCUUCCUGAGAAUUUAUGCGACGUGCUGGGGCUUGAUUUUGCCAUGGCGGCCUACCGUCGAUGGGUUGACGACCAUGGUCGCGAUGUGAUGUUGCCUGGCAUUGACUUCGAAGCGGAUCAAAUUUUCCUCAUCAACGCUGCCCAGAUGUCGUGCACAGUACUGGACGAUUGGUGGCUUGCGUACCUUCUUGAAACAGAUGAGCAUACGCCAGCGAGUCAACGGAUAAAUGGACAAAUGAGCAACUUGGCGGAGUUCGGAAAAAUUUUCAACUGUCCGGCGGACUCACCCUUGAACCCGAAGAGCAAAUGCACGUGAGUGCUUGUGCCGAACCUUCGUGAAUAACGUCCACAUCCGGUGAUGCAACUCGAGGGACCCCUGUUGACUCGGAUCUUGUGCGAGCUCCAAACCGGCCGCAUUUUCAGCUUUUCUCGAGGGUAUUGUGAUCGUCGCGUUCAGCCGGGCAUGAACACUCAAGUCAGGUGUUGAAUGUCUGAUUCGGAAGCAUUUUUGAAGAAUGUUGACGAUUUUGUAGGGUGUGCGUUACCGUCGGGUUCGUUGUACGUGGAUGCUACGGGAUUUGUGCGAAUUUUUUAUUAUUAUUUUCAGGCGUGCGCUUUUUAAAGAAAAUUCGGAUUAAUGGAUGUGUGUAUCCAUGCUCAAAGGUUUCAGCAGCGAAAUGUUGCUGUUUUGUCCUUUCGUACAAACUUUCUUCACAUCAGAUGAACAUCUUUGUGCCUGAACGUCCGUUAAAAUGGGGCUACUUUCGGUCAUGCAAGAUUCGGAUCGAAGAUGGUUUUUCGUCUUGACAUUUUCAAAGUAUCGGAAAACAAUUGCACUAGGUGCUUCAUCUUUUGGGAAAUUUUUACUGCCUGGAGACACAGAGAAGCAAUCACGCCACAGGAGGUUGUGAGGAAAACAAGGAAUAUUUUGCUUGUGACCGUUCAGGGCAAGCGCAGGAAAUCGUCACCCUUCAAUUUUUUUAUUAUCUUCAUCAAAGGGUAGGAAAUCCAUUUUCCUUCCUUAUCAAUUAGGGAUAUUGUCAGAAGCAAAAAAUAAUAAUGCAUCCCAGAAACAUGAAUGAUGAAAAAGUUGCUCGGAGUAUAAAAGAAAGUCACACGACUGUCGUAGCAUCCUAUGUAAUUUUCAUUUCUCAGAUGCGCCCGCCGUGUGACAAAAAGAAAUCACUUGGUUGUUUUGUCGAUGCGUUCAGUCCGCAUUUCCCAUUUCCGCUCAACGCUGCGAACGUGGAAAUAUUCACAUUGUGGAAAAAAACAAAAGAAACAAAAACAAAUGUGACGUUUGCAAUUGGCUCGUCAGCAAAAAUCCUGGGCAUCUCGCGACGGUGUUCAACGUUUCACAUUCGGCUCACCAUCCGUGCAAGUGUGAAGUCUCAUUUUUUUUUGCGCUGGUGUAUUUCGACGAUGAAUUUGUGUAAAAAUAUAUCGUACGCUUCGUUUGUGCA